CCGCGGCCUGCGCGGAUGCCGGGGCGGACCUGAGCGCCGGACGAUCCCCGGGGCCGGACGGGCGCCCCGAGAGCGCCUGGGCGCUUGCCCCGGGCCCGGGCAUGUCUUACCUCCUGCCGGACCAGGCCGCCUGCCGGGACCCCGACCCCGACCGGCAGCUGCCAGAACUCGGCCCGCUUCUUUCCUGGACUGAAGAGCCAGAGGAUUACGGACCGCCGGUUUGCCCGGAGAGCGCCUCUCUCCGCGUGCAGGGUUUCAGGCACAGCCAGCACGUGAGGGGCGAGGUCGACUUCUUCCCUGGCUUCCCCUCGCCCGCGGUGGGCGAGCUGACGCUGGACGUGGGUCCCGGGGACCCGGACCGGCCCUCGGACUUCAGCCAGACCUGCCCCCUAACGAGCGAGCCCGCGGCGUGUGCGGAGGACGGCCCCCGCCUUCGAGCCGUGUUCGACGCCCUGGGCGGCGAUGGGGACGGCUUCGUUCGCAUCGAGGAUUUCGUCCAGUUCGCCACGGCCUACGGGGCAGAGCAGGUGAAGGACUUAACGAAAUACUUGGACCCCGGCGGGCUUGGUGUGAUCAGUUUUGAGGACUUCUAUCGAGGGAUCACCGCUAUCAGGAAUGGAGAGUCCGAUGGCCAGCUGUGCGGGAUUGCACCUGCCCAGGACGAGGAGCCGCCUGCCUGCCCCGAUGAGUUCGACGACUUCGUUACCUUUGAGGCCAACGAGGUGACAGACAGCGCAUACAUGGGGUCUGAGAGCACCUACAGUGAGUGUGAGACCUUCACCGACGAGGACACGAGCACCCUGGUGCACCCUGAGCUGCAGACCGAAGGGGAUGCGGAUAGCGCCGGUGGCUCAGCUGUGCCCUCCGAGUGCCUGGACGCCAUGGAGGAUCCCGGCCAGGGCGCUCUGCUGCUCCUCCCGGGCAGAUCCCACCUGCACAGCCAGUCCGUCGUCACGGUGAUAGGUGGCGAGGAGCAUUUUGAGGACUAUGGCGAGGGCAGUGAGGCAGAGCUGUCCCUGGAGACCCUCUGCAAUGGGGAGCACGGCUGCAGAGACCCUGCUUUCCCUACCCCCAGCACCGACCCGCUUGCCGCAAAGCUGCACAGCAUCCUCACUGAUGAGGCUUUUGAGUUUUACUGUAGCCAGUGCCACAAACAAAUCAACCGCCUCGAGGAUCUUUCUGCUCGCCUGAAUGAUCUUGAAAAGAAUAGUCCAGCGAAACGGCUCUCCAGCAGGAAGGUGGCAAGACACCUGCACCAGUCAGGGGCCCUGACCAUGGAUGCCCUGCAGGACCCUGCCGCAGACCUCGUGGACGGCAUGGAAGAGGACAUUGCUGAUAAGGUUGUCUUCCUGGAGAAGCGGGUGUCGGAGCUGGAGAAGGACACUGCCGCCAAUGGGGAGCAGCACAGCCGGCUGAGGCAGGAGAACCUCCAGCUUGUGCACAGAGCCAAUGCCCUCGAGGAGCAGCUGAAGGAGCAGGAGCUGAGAGCCUGCGAGAUGGCGCUGGAGGAGGCCCGGAGGCACCGAGAGCUCGUGUGCAAGAUGGAGCGGGAGCGGAGCAUCGAGGUGGAGAGCCUGCAGGCCAGGCUGCAGCAGCUGGACGAGGAGAAUGGGGAGCUGAGGUCAUGCACGCCCUGUCUGAAGGCCAACAUUGAGCGCCUGGAGGAGGAGAAGCAGAAGUUGCUGGAUGAGAUUGAAGAGUUGUCCCUGCGGCUCAGUGAUGAGCAGGAAAACAGGAGGAAGCUGGGGGACAGGCUGAGCCACGAGAGGCACCAGUUCCAGAGGGACAAGGAGGCAACCCAGGAGCUGAUCGAGGACCUGCGCAAGCAGCUGGAGCACCUACAGCUUUUCAAGCUGGAGGCCGAGCAGCGGAAGGGCCGGGGCAGCAGCAUGGGCCUGCAGGAGUACAACAGCCGCGCCCGAGAGAGCGAGUUGGAGCAGGAGGUCCGCAGGCUGAAGCAGGAUAACCGAAACCUGAAGGAGCAGAAUGAUGAGCUCAACGGGCAGAUCAUCAACCUGAGCAUCCAGGGCGCCAAGAACCUCUUCUCCACGUCCUUCUCGGAGUCCCUGGCUGCAGAGAUCAGCUCCGUCUCCCGAGAUGAGCUCAUGGACGCGAUUCAGAAGCAGGAGGAGAUAAACUUCCGCCUGCAGGAUUACAUUGACCGGAUCAUCGUGGCCAUCAUGGAGACCAACCCAUCCAUCCUGGAGGUCAAAUAGAGGCAGGAAGGCCCAGUCUGGUGGGCCCAGGACCCCACCUGCACCCAGGAGAUGGCCACGGCGCGCGCACGGCCGAGACCAGUGGCUGGGCUGGGGUGCAACAACGGGUCUGCAGAGGGAGAAGGAACGGGAGCCCUGGGACCGGGGCCCACGCAGGAGAGGGUGGGGCCGGGCCUGCUCUCUGCAGAGAUGCGGAGACUACGUCUCAGGCUCAGGUGAGCCCUUCUGGGAGCUCCCUCCCGUGUGGCAGACCCCUCUGCAGCCCUACCCAUCAGGAAAGGAAGGAAGGAUACAUCCCCACCGGGGUGCUGCCGUGUGCAUCUGCUCAGGGGCCCUCACCUGCACGGCACAGAGUCCCCAGGACCCUCUCGCCAGACGUGGUGAUUUGGGAAGUACAGGCAGGCGAGGCGGUGUGCGUCAGGGUCUGGCUAGGAGCUGUGGGGGUCCCAGCUUUCCUGGGGCCGUCACCCAUCCAGAGGGGGCACUUCAGUGCCUCACUCCAGCCUCCAGAUACUCCCGUGGGGGCUGGGGCAGGAGCCUCCCCUCUGAAAUCAGGACUUGAGAGUCUCCCCACGUGGAGCAUGCUUUCCGGACAGGGUGGAUGUCACUGGCUGACCCCAGGUGCAGGCAGCAUCCUGGUGAGAAACUGCCUCCCUGUCCGUGUGGCCUCCCAGCCUCCUGGAGCCACCCUCCCUGGGCAGAUCUCAGCUGCCCCAGGUGAGUCCCGGUUUCCUAGGCAGAGUCCAUGUGUCUGGAAGCAUGUUUCCUCUGGGAGUUUGAAGUUGUUGAAGUGGCCAUCCUUCCCUGAGCUGGGUUUUGCAGGUUCUCUCAGUACAGAGAUCAAGAGCAGAGAACAGGGCCCUCCCGGCAGCAUGGGGGCUCCUUGCCUGGCUCUGUGCCCCCACUGCCAGGCCCCACAUCAUCGUGGGGGCUGCUGGGCCUGCCCCCACCCCGAGCCUGAGCACCGGCCAGGAGCCCCUGGGUGCUCCCGGGUGGGUCAAGACCCUGCACACAGACUGGCCACUGCUGUGUGUGCGUGCGUGCGUGCGUGCGCGUGCGUGCGUGUUGCCCUGCGUCCCUCCAUCCUCCAUGUGGCCCACCUUCUACACUAAGAUUUAAGACGUUGCCUCGUAUUGUACAUUUUGGGGAAAGCCUUGGGUGUAAAUCAGUGUAAACUUGGAGGAGAGAUUUUUCUAUCAUGUAGAGUAGGUAUUUUUUAUAGAUUGAAGGUUGAUCAAUUUUUUAAUACUUCCAAGAGAGAAAACUAUCUGUGUAUACACAUAAAAUAUAUAUAUAUGUAUGAUAAUAAAUACUGGAACUCUGCUUUCC